AGACUACCCAACGGUAGUAUUUAAUUAAUUUCCCCUCUGUGUGUUUCUCUCUGCCAGUUUGAUUCCCGCUUCAGUUUUGGCGGUAAAAUUUGGUGUCUGGAUUUGUAUGGGGGUUGUGGCGAUCGAGUGGGCGAAGCAGCAAUGGCGGUUGAACCUCAAGUAAUCAAGCCUAUCGGCAAAGGCAUCGUUCACAGAAUCUGCGCCGGUCAAGUCAUCCUCGAUCUCUCUUCUGCUGUUAAGGAACUCGUCGAAAAUAGCUUGGAUGCCGGCGCCACCAGCAUCGAAAUCGCCCUCAAGGACUUCGGUGAACAAUUGUUUCAAGUCAUCGACAACGGUUGCGGCAUUUCCCCUAACAAUUUCAAGGUUCUUGCGCUCAAACACCACACCUCAAAGUUAGCGGAAUUUCAAGAUCUUCAGUCUCUCACCACUUUUGGCUUCAGAGGGGAGGCGCUGAGUUCUCUCUGUGCUUUGGGGAGCUUGACCGUUGAAACGAGAACGGUGAGCGAACCGGUUGCUACGCACUUGACUUUCGACAAUUCCGGUGUUCUUGUGGGUGAAAGGAAAACUGCGCGACAAAUUGGUACCACUGUCACUGUUAAAAAGUUGUUCUCCAAUUUACCUGUCCGAAGCAAAGAGUUUAGUCGUAACAUACGUAGGGAAUAUGGCAAGUUGGUUUCUCUGUUGAAUGCAUAUGCCCUUAUAGCAAAAGGUGUUCGUUUUGUCUGCACCAACACCACUGGCAAAAAUGUAAGGUCCGUGGUACUUAAGACGCAAGGAAGUGGUUCUCUUAAAGAUAACAUCAUAACAGUACUUGGCAUGAACACUUUCAGCUGCUUAGAGUCUCUGACUUUAUGUAUAUCUGAUAGUUGCCAAGUUGAAGGUUUUCUUUCCAAGUCUGGACAGGGUAAUGGACGCAAUUUGGGGGACAGGCAGUAUUUUUUUGUAAAUGGUAGACCGGUGGACAUGCCUAAAGUCAGCAAACUUGUGAAUGAGUUGUAUAAAGGUGCAAACUCCAAACAAUAUCCCAUUGCAAUCUUAAAUUUUACAGUUCCUACGAGAGCAUAUGAUGUCAAUGUGACUCCUGAUAAGAGGAAAAUAUUUUUUUCUGAAGAAACUGCCAUUUUGCAAGCCUUGAGAGAGGGAUUACAGAAAAUUUAUUCUGCCAGUGAUAUCUGUUAUUCUGUUAAUGAAUUUAUGCUGCCUGCUGAAGAACACUGCAUUGAGUUGUGUUCCUCUCAUAGGAAGUCUUCAAUCAUAAUGAAGCCAUCGUCCCCAAAUGGCAAUCAUCCUCAGGAAGAGCAUUGUACUGAACGCAAUGAAGGUAGUAUUACUCUGGAUGAGCUUAAUACUGAAUGCAAUAAUGAUAGUCUUUCUCAGGAUGAGCAUAAAGAGAAACAUAUUACUGAUUCCAAAAAUGUUUCCGAAUCUAUUAAUGAAGAUCAGUACUCACUUGUUGAAGAAGAGUUAAGUAGGGAGAAUGAUGGGAGUUUAAUGGGGCGGGGGUUCACACUCAGAGCACACAACACUUCAAAGGAUGACAAGAGUAAAAGACAGUCAGCAUGUCCUGGAAGUAUUAUACCUGAUCAAGCUACCUCCAUCACAAGGACAGUUGAGAGUGGAGGCACUUGUAAUAAAUAUUCUUUCAAUCAUUCAAGACAUGUUCAGUCCACUCUAAGCAAAUUUGUUUCUGUAAAUAAAAGAAGUCGUGAUAGCAUUAGUACAACCUUAUCUGAAGUGCCUGUCCUUAGAAAUCAAGUUCCUAGUCAUCAACUGAAGACUGCAAAUACUGAAACACAUGACUUGACUACAAAGUCAUCAUUUUGUUUUGACCAAAGUGAUGGACCUGCUAGUGCGAGUGAGAUUGAAUCUUUGCAGCAACUUAGUCCUGAUAACAUCAUACACAAAAACGAAAAUUCAGUUUCUUUGAGAGCUGACUCUACAGUUACAGAACCUAAAACUAAAAUGGAAUUAGAUCAAGAGAACCAUACACCUCUUGCUGAGACAGCAUUGGUUACUCCAUCUAGCAAUGAUCCUAUCACUGCAGAUGUUGUGGCCUCAGAUCCUUCAUUACUCUCAUCAUCUGUACGGUUAGAUUCUUCUAAAUCUUCUGAUCGGAAGAUAUGCUCCAACAUGCAAUUUUCUUUUCAAGAUCUUAAGAAAAGGAGAGAGAAGAGGCUUUCUCUGUUUCAAUCCAGUGAAUAUGGAUGUGGAAAAGCUGAAGUCAAAAGUCGCUAUUCUGCUGCAACUUUGGAGCUUUCACCAUCAGAAACUGGAGAGCAGAAAGAAAGGACUUUGGCAGCUGCGGCUACUGAACUUGAAAAAUUUUUCAAGAAGGAAGACUUCAGCAGAAUGAAGCAUGCUGCUGAUGAGAAGUAUAAUUUUGAGCGUCUGUCACAAUCAACUAUCCUGAACCAACAGCCUUUGCUUAGGCCAAUAAGAUUGGAGUUAUCCCCUGAAGAAGAAAUAGUUGCUUCAAUGCACAUGGACAUAAUCAGGAAGAAUGGAUUUACUUUGGAAGAAGAUCCUAAUGCACCACCUGGAAGCCGUUAUAAAUUGAAGUCAGUCCCCUUCAGUAAAAACAUUAUGUUUGGAAUUGAAGAUGUUAAGGAGCUAAUCUCUACCCUGUCUGAUGGCGAUGGUCAUAUGGAAUGUUCCAUUAUUGGUAGCUAUAAACUGGACAGCUCAGAUUCUAUUUGCCCUUCAAGAGUCCGUGCAAUGUUAGCAUCCCGUGCAUGUCGAUCAUCAAUUAUGAUUGGUGAUGCACUUGGAAGAAAUGAAAUGCAGAAGACUGAGUUUGUAGCUUACACUAAUUGUUUCAGAUACUUGAGCAUCUGGCUGAGCUGAAAUCUCCAUGGAAUUGUCCCCAUGGCAGACCGACCAUGCGCCAUUUAGUCGACUUAACAAAAAUUCAUAAGAGGUCAGAAGUAACAAUGCAGAUGUAAUUAAUAAUGGACUUUUAUUCUAAUCGCCGUUGUUAUUUAGGAAGUUAAGGGAAUUAUCUAACUUAUUUUGUACAAAAUAACUUGUACUCUAACGUUGCUGUAAAUUCAAUGAUCCUGGAAAUGUAUUUUUACAUUAG